CGGAUGUCAAACGAAAACAAAACUUUUUUUAAUACAUCCUUUUGAAAAACUACUCUCCGAAACGAAGUGAAAUUUGAAAUUGGGUGUAACCCAUGGAAGCGUUUCAUCUUUUAGUCUCAGUCGCGCUUUUAGGGGUCCUUUUAAGAGCGGGUCACACAGCCGAAUGGGAAGGCAACUACAACGAUCCGAGACACCCCGGUAAGUGCACCAUCAGCCCUUCGCUCGUCCUGAAUUCGGGGGUUAGCAUCAAGGAUCCCACGCACGAGUGCCGCAGAAUAGUGUGCGGACACAGCGGACUGGCCCUGUUCCAGAGCUGCGGAGUGAGCAUCCUGUCGCCUCCUUGCCGCUACGGUGGCUACAUCAAUACGGAUCUGCCCUAUCCGGAUUGCUGCCUUCGAACAGUGCUCUGCAACUAGGCAGGCCAAUCG